CCCUCAAACCUGUCUCACCAACUCACAUCUAGAAGCAAUUAGGGUCACUGCUCUCUCUCUCCACCCCCUAUAGUCAAAAGGCUAUAUAACCCCACCUCUAAUCCUCAUUAGUGCCGGCCUUGAUGUUCAAACACCACCAAAACUAGACCUUCAUAUCCACCACCAUCAUAUCCUAAGAAAUUAGAAGGAAGGAACAAGAACAAGAGCUAGCUUAGCUUAAAAUUUGUCACGACUCGUCCCGCUCUGUAGUUUUCAGUAAUUGUAGUGAUCAAUGGGAAGGUCUCCUUGUUGCGAGAAAGCUCACACAAACAAAGGAGCAUGGACUAAAGAAGAAGAUGACCGGCUUAUCGCUUAUAUCCGAACUCACGGCGAGGGCUGUUGGCGCUCACUUCCUAAGGCUGCCGGCCUCCUCCGAUGUGGCAAGAGUUGCCGCCUUAGAUGGAUCAAUUACUUAAGGCCCGACCUCAAACGCGGCAAUUUCACUGAAGAGGAAGAUGAACUCAUCAUCAAACUCCAUAGCCUCCUUGGUAACAAAUGGUCACUCAUAGCUGGAAGGUUACCGGGAAGAACGGAUAAUGAGAUAAAGAAUUACUGGAAUACCCAUAUCAGAAGAAAGCUUAUGAACCGUGGCAUCGAUCCCACGACUCACCGGCCCAUCAAUGAACCGGCACCGGAUGUCAAAACCAUUUCAUUUGCUUCUAAAGAAGAAGAGAUCAUCAAGAUUACUACUAGUAGUAGUACCACAGGUUUGUUCAUGAGCAAAGAAGAGAAAAGCCCGGUUCGCGAACGGUGUCCUGACCUGAACCUUGACCUUAAAAUUAGCCCUCCUUCCCAACACCAACAAGAGCAGCCAUUGAAGACAGGAGGGAGGACUACUAGCCUUUGUUUUGCAUGCAGCUUGGGAAUACAGAAGAGUAAGGAUUGCAAUUGUAGUAUUAUUGAUGGUACAAGCAGCAGCAACACCACUGGUUAUGACUUUUUAGGAUUGAAGACCAGUGUUUUGGAUUACAGAAGGUUGGAGAUGAAAUGAUCAGUCUCUCAACAGCUUGGUAUUAGUACUCUGAAAAUCUCCGUGUCCCUCUCUCUCUCUUGUAAUUUGUAUAAUUAUUAGUACUACUACUACUGCAUAGUAAUAUAGUAUCAGUACAGAUGACCAUCUUGGUUAUUCACUUAAAUAGCAGAUUUUGUGAAUGCUAUCUAUUGAUUAUGGAUAAUUAAUGGUUUAAUUAUUUUCCUUUCUUUCUUUCGUAA